AUGUUUGCUGUUCCAGGAUGGUCCGUCUCAGCAGACGGCCUCAAAACUGAAGCCCCUGUCAAAAACAACAGCGCGCCCGGCACAAAAUCCAAUAAGCGCAAGCGCAACAACAACGCUACUGAGAAUGUUACACCUUCAACUGUCGCCGAUCUUUGGGAGUCGGUGAUUGAGGGAAAGAAGACUGAACUGCCGAAGUCUGAACAAGCUUCUAAGAGGCAGAAGAAGCAGAAGAAGGCUAAGGAUGGUGAAGGUGAGAAGUUGAAGGAGGGUGAGAAGACGAAGGAUAAGAAGGAGGGUGAGGAUGAUGAGCAGCCUAAGCCCAAGAAGGAGAAGAAGGACAAAAAGCAGAAGCAGAAACAGAAGCCUACCGAAGACUCAACAGAAACCACCCCUUCACCAGAAAAGGACGUCGUCGCAAAGACAGCACCUCUGCCUCCUGCUCCUCCCAAGCUCACUCCCCUACAAGCUUCUAUGAGAGAGAAGCUCAUCUCAGCACGAUUCCGCCACCUCAACGAGACACUCUACACCCGUCCCUCCGAAGAGGCCUUCAAUCUCUUCGAUGAGUCCCCCGAGAUGUUCGACGAGUACCAUGAAGGGUUCCGUCGUCAGGUCAAGGUCUGGCCUGAGAACCCUGUCGACAGCUUCCUCAAGGAUAUCCGCACACGCGGCAAGACACCGCUACCUCGUACGCAACAGGAGUGUACUAUUGCUGAUCUUGGUUGUGGUGAUGCUCGUCUUGCGGAGGCUCUUCAAUCAGAUGGCAAGAAACUUAAGGUCAACGUCAAAAGCUACGACCUUCAGAGCCCAAGUCCCCUCGUCACCAAGGCUGACAUCGCCAGCCUGCCUCUUGCUGACGGUUCCGUCAACGUUGCUGUCUUUUGCCUCGCUCUCAUGGGCACCAACUGGGUUGAUUUCAUCGAGGAGGCCUACCGUAUUCUUCACUGGAAGGGUGAGCUCUGGGUUGCUGAGAUCAAGAGCCGUUUUGGUCCCAUUCGAAAUAAGAACGCCCCUGUGACCCAUAGUGUUGGCAAUCGCAAGAAGAACGCAAUGGCCGGCAAGAAAGGCAAAAAGGGUGCUGAUAACGAUGCCGAGCAUGAUGAGGAUCUGGCCGUAGAGGUCGACGGUAUGGAUGAUCGCCGCCGGGAGACAGACGUAUCAGCGUUCGUCGAGGUGCUCCGGUCGCGCGGUUUUGUCCUUCAAGGAGAUCGAGAGGCCAUCGAUCUAUCCAACAAGAUGUUUGUCAAGAUGCACUUCAUCAAAGGAGCAUCGCCCAGAAAGGGAAAACAUGUCAAGGAGCAGGAGGCCCCCAAGGGUAAGAGGGGCAUCAUCCGCAGGAUAGAUCCCAUUGAUGAGCAGCCAGAAGUUAACGAAGCUUCUGUCUUGAAGCCUUGCGUCUACAAGAUCCGGUAA